GUGCCGGCCCCGCCCGCCGCUGCGGCCAGCCUCCGCCCGCCGGGGACGCGACCGACGCGGCGGCGAGCCCCGGCGGCGAGGACCGCUCGGCAGCCGCGGCACGACCGGGGGGCGCCGGCGCAAAUGAAGUGCGAGAACUGCACCAAAAAGGAAUGCAGUAAAAAGCAGAAAAAUGAUGAUACACAGAGUACAUCUGUUGAUGCACUGAGUUCAAGUGAUGGUUUUGAAGAGAAAAAUGAGUUUCCUACAUUGGCUAAUGCUAAAAUACUCCUUAGUGACUGCCUAGCAUGUGACAGUUGUAUGACAUCGGAGGAAGGAGCCAGAGUUUUCCAGCAGAAUCAGAAGGAGCUCUUUCGUAUUCUUAACCUUAAUAAGAAAUGUGAUACCUCAAAACACAAAGUGUUGGCAGUGUCUAUAUGCCCUCAGUCAUUGCCUUAUUUUGCUGCUAAGUUCAAUCUCUCUGUGAAUGAUGCAGCCAAGAGACUCUGUGGUUUCCUCAAAAGUCUCGGGGUGCAUUAUGUAUUUGACACCACUAUAGCUGCCGAUUUCAGUCUCCUGGAGAGCCAGAGGGAGUUUGUGCAGCGAUAUCAACGGAGGAACCAGGAGGAGCAUGCCUUACCAAUGUUUGCCUCUGCUUGCCCUGGUUGGAUCCGGUAUGCUGAAAGGGUACUAACCAAUCUUGUGACCUCUCACAUUUGCACUGCAAAGUCUCCACAGCAGAUCAUGGGGUCCCUGGUGAAGGGUUACUUUGCCAGGCAGCAGAACUUGUCUCCUGAUAAAAUUUUCCAUGUAAUUGUGGCGCCCUGUUAUGACAAAAAACUGGAAGCCUUGAGGGAAGAUUUCUACACUGCCUUGUAUAAUUCACAAGAAGUUGAUUGUGUCCUGACAUCAGGUGAAAUUGUCCAAAUAAUGGAACAGAAAAAUGUGUCUAUGAAAGAUGUGACUGAAGUAUCUGUAGAUACUUUGUUUGAUGACAUGAAGGAGGGAGAUGUAGUAAGGCAUGAUGGGAAGAGAUCUGAUGGUUACCUGGAGCACAUUUUUAAAUAUGCUGCAAAGGAGCUUUUUGGCAUGGAGGUCAAGGAAAUCACCUACAAAGCAUUAAAGAACAAGGACUUCCAAGAAGUUACCCUUGAAAAGGAUGGUGAGACAGUGCUGCGUUUCGCAGCAGCUUAUGGCUUUAGAAAUAUCCAAAACAUGGUUCUGAAGAUGAAAAAAGGAAAGUUUUUAUACCAUUUUGUAGAAGUCCUUGCCUGCCCGGGAGGGUGUCUAAAUGGAAAAGGCCAGGCACAAACUGAAGAUGGAAAACCAGAUAAAGCACUGCUGAACCAGAUGGAAGAAGUGUAUGCUGCAAUACCUGUCAGACUUCCAGAAACCAACGUGCAUGUACAAAAGAUGUACCAGGACUGGCUGGAAGGCAUGGACUCUAAAAAGGUCCAGGAGACUUUGCACACCACAUAUAGUGCAGUCAAUCAAACAGCAAGUAGUUUGGAUAUCAAAUGGUAAUAAAUCCAACUAGUAAAAGAUUUGCUUAGGUUAGUUACAAAUUCAGCACUGGAAACAUUCUAUGCAAUCGCAGAUGCUAUGCACUAGCCGAGUGUACGAAUGAGACGCUUCCCAAUUGUGGAUUAUUACUUGUGAAGAGCAAUUGGUUUUUAAAACCAGAAAGAGCAGUCUCCAAAAGCCCUGGUUCCUGCCAUUGCCAUUUAAUUCUUCCUGUGUAUAAUCUCAUAUAUAUAAUGGAUUUCUUUAUUCAAAAGUGUGACCCUGUAAGGUACUUCGCACUCUCUGCCAGGGGCACAGAGUGUAAUUCCUGAUGAAGUUACUCCCAGAAUUGAAGGGUUCCCUUCACAAAAUGGGCUCCCCUGGGAAGGUGAGAUUAUUCUGCUCGUCUUCCUGGGUAUGCAGUUCCUUUCAUAAUAGAGAAAACAGUCCUGAAUUUCAGAAUUGCAGUUGUUGUGAAGUAACUUGGAAUUUACUUGCCUUGUUAACAACACCUUUACAGGGAUAAAUGUGUAUAUGGAGAAGUGGCAUGAAUUAAUGAAUGCCCUGUCUCCAUAGUUAACAAAAACUGCUCAGUUGCAGACUUGUCACCAUUCCUUACCAAUGCGAUGUUUUUUGUAAGGAACAAAAUGCUUCAUCUACACUUAACUUGGGGAAACUAAUGCUAAAUUGUUACAGUGCAAUCCUUCAUUCAGAAUACUUCCAGAUAGGUUGGGUGGUACAAAAAGAGAACUUUUCUUUCCUGGUAAGUUUUCUUAGAAACUUGCAGCUAGGAAGAGUGGUGCUGCUUGCUUUGGCAGGCUUUGUUCGAAGAGUGAAACAUGCAUAUGCGCUGUCAUGUGAGCACAUGCAUACUGCAGCUUUGCCAGGUUUGCUGAGCCAGGCUUCCAGCACUUUUUACUCUCUUGUGUUUUGGUACACAGAAUACCAGAUUGUUCUUCCACUUAUCUCCAUGUUGACAGACUUCUGUAAAAAUAACUUUAUGGAGUGCCUCUGAAAAAAGCCACUUAGCCAUGCUUGUGAGCUCCUCAAAGUUACUAUAAGUCAGCAUCAUAAAUUUUGGUGUGCUUACUUUAGAUACGCUGUAGAGGUUUCAUUCAACGAAGUGGUAUUUGCAUGCAAGCUUUUCCUGCAACCUCAGGAGUUGUCAGAGGGUCAUUCAAGAAUGUAAUGGACAAAAAGAUACCCUACUGCCACACUUCCUUAGAUUUUCCUAGUAGCAAUGGAUUUGCUCAGGAUUUGCUGUUUGAAGCUGGCAAAGUUUCAGCUUUCCUUUUCCAGUCUGAAAGUGGGGAUGGGCUUUUUUAAUCAUUUCAGACAGUUUGAAUGAACAUUCUUGUAAACUUUGUAAUGUCACAACUGCUUGUAUGAGUAAGACCUAAUACUGCAAAAACCCAUGUGUAUUUGAAAUCCUCAUUUAACUUGAACACAGUAGAUGGGAUAAAGGCAUCAGUGAAGUCAGUGCAAGUUCUUGCAUUGGCCAAACAUCAGACAACAUGUUGAGUCAGAAGGAGGGAGCCAGACCUAAGUGCGUUACCCUGAUGACAAGAGAGUUCUCUUAAUGUGAAGCUGUUGAUAGAAUUGCAGCUUUCAGUUGGACCGCCACCUAAAUAACAUCUCACUUGGAGGGAUGUUUUCUUUCAAGUAUAAAUGAAUUUGAUUACUGUGCUACCCAAAUGCACGCAAUGAGAUUACACCCAUAAAUUAGCCUUUGUAAAUUGUUCCUUGUAAUAAUAAAAACAUUAUGCUUACGUGGUGCAAUAUCAGAACAUCUCCAGAAAUCUACCUCUGUACAGGAAGGGAGUCCAGAAAUCGUGGAAAGACCUAUGUAUAGGCAGAACUGUAGUAAAUAUUGCCUAAAUAACGAUGGUGGUGUUGCAUGAAAUUUCUGAACAGAUGACAAUUUCUGAACAGAUGACUUCUAGAAGCAACAUCCAGCUCUUUUGGUCUGAAUUUCUUUGUUAUGAUUUCCUCCAAAAACUUAAACAGAAUUAUCUUGUUUAAAAAAAAAAAAAAAGAAAAAAGUGGUCUUGUUCUGUUUGUAUACGCAUAUGUUUCUAUGUAUAUAUGAUGGCAUGUUUAAAUUAUAUUGCUUCAGUUCUCUGUAUAGUACGCUUAUUCUUUUUUACGUGCAUAUACUGAUGGAAUGGUGUGAAAAAGUUGUUUGCUGUUCUGAUGAAAUCUUUACAAAACUACACAAGAGCUGCCUUGCAAUUCUGAAAGGAUGCCCUUGAACUGAUUGUACAACUUGGAAAUGUUCCUCUUGUGUAGGUGGUGCUGCCACCUGUGUUCUGCCAUUGUGCUUGCCUGGGGCACUGAAGGGCCUUGCUUCUCGUGGUAGUGGGAGUCACUAGGAAUGGGCCAGUAGGUGAAAUAAAUCUGUCUAUGAUGUGCUGUGCUCUCAUAACAAGGGAAACCGGUGGCUAAAUCAGUGCAUAAAAUAAACUUCUUCAGUUUAAUCCACCAUUUCUUCCAUUUACUCAAGUGUUUCAACCUAUUGAGACGGUAGCAAUGUAAAACUACUAGAUGAUUUGUCUGCUACAGUAUGUGUUUAAAGACAAGACAUCUAACUGCAGCUUUUAUUGGCUAGGUGGAAUGUGUGUAUAAUAGCUAGUGACUGAUAAUAGUAUUUUAUUUGGUCAGCUUUUGUUUUAUAAGACUUGGAAGUAAAAUUGAUUUUAAGUUUUUUAAGAGCUUUUCUUAAAGUGCCAGUUGAAAAGAAAAAGAUUUCUCCGUUAACUGUAGUGAAUAUUCCUCCCUCUACCUUGCUUCACUGAAAUUUUAGCAUAUAUCAGAAAACCUUGUUUUGACAAUUCGCAUACAGUGAAAUACUUAAGGUUAAAUUCUGGCUUUUAAGUCUACAGUUGGGAAGUUUGUUGUUCUUGACAACAUGUGUUUCUAGCCACAUUUUGAAAAUAAAGCAUUAUUUAGUUCCCUAGUAUGAUUUUGGCAACUAAUAAUUUCCAUUGCUACUGCCUUUUCAGCAAUAGGAAAAGUUCCUCGUGGCCACAGCUUCUGAGCUGAAUGUUGUGCUGAGACAGUCUUGCCUCUCCAUGAUUUUUAGAAAACCCUAAAUUGGAGGCAUUGCAGGAAAGUAACUGGAAAUGCUGAAUUAAUUUUGAAAUUGUCUUGGGGUAUUACUGACUUGAGCAUACCAAGUGCUUGAUACCUUGCAUUAUAUCACUUUAUUCUGAGACUGCUAUAUCAAGGGGUAUGUGUUGAGAAGCCCUCUUGCUAUGCCUUCUCCAGUCAGUUUUUGCCUCAGCACCUCAUGUUUGUCCACUACAGCUACGGAACACAGACAGACAUGGGCUAUGUUAUCACUUAGAGUAAUACAUCUGUAUAUUGAUAUAUCUGUAUAUAACAGAUAUAUCUGUAGGCAGCAGUCUCAGCUGGAAUAUAUUUGGAUAAUGUUCAGUUACCUAAAUUUUGGUGCUUUGUAUUCAAAUAGAGCAUGACCAUGAAUUGUCCUAAAUAAAUCUUGGUACUGAAUUA